AUGUCUGAAUUAUUUAAAGAUAUUGGUGUUUGCAAAAAUCAAGAGCAUCAAUUAAUUAAUGGAGGACAAGAACUUGAGGGGAAACUGACAGCAAUUUAUUUUUCUGCUCAUUGGUGCCCUCCAUGUAGAGCCUUCACUCCAGUACUUAAGGAAUUUUAUGAUCAGGCAAAAGCUAGUGGUGAAAAUUUUGAAAUUGUUUUUGUUUCUUUUGAUCGUUCUGAAGGGGAUCUUAAAAAUUAUUUGGAUGAAUCGCAUGGAAAUUGGUUAUAUAUUCCGUUUGGCAGCAGCAAUAUUAGGUUGGUUUUAAGUAGGGUUGGUCCCCGAGCCUUCGGGGUUGGAAAAGUCGGGGGUCGGGGUUUUCGGGGUUGA